AUGGCGUUUGCACCCCCCAUUACCGCGAUCGUCUCCGAACCUGCGGGCAACCCCGAUGGCGAGUUGACCUCUAGCGAGGUGUUGCAACACUCAACUCAAAUCUCCUCGAAACCUUCCACUGAGGAUCCCCCUCUAUUCAAAACCAACGAGUCAGAACCACAGGAAACCUCAAAGCUCAGCGGGCAACUUUCUACUUCAGCCAAUGGCACAUCCAAUGGAACGCCUGUGCCAGAAGCCAAACAAGGGCAGCCAAACGUAGGCGUGAAACGCGACUUGGAUGUCACUUUGGCUCCUGGAGGUAAAGCGGAAAAGCCCAACGCGGAGCAACAACAGCCGGCAGAACUGGAAGAGCCAAACACCAAGAAGCAGAAAACGAGCGAGGGCAGCACCGCAGAUGCCGCCGUGGGAACCAAUGGCAUCUCAUCUCCCCCGGCGCAAAAUGGCAAGGCUAUCCCGGCUUCAGGCUCAACCGAAAAGAAGAAGGGAGGCCGGCCCAGGAAAAUCAAGGACACGGUCAGAAAGGAUGUUCCUACCGAUGGUAUUGGUAGUCGCACGCGCAGCCGUACCAAAGUCGUAUCCUAA